UUCUCCACGCCUUGUAUUCAUGAAUCAUGAAAAGUAACAUGAAGUUAAACUACUAUCAACGAGACAUCAGAUUGAAACCUAUUCAAUGAUCUUUAUCGCACAAAAUUAUUGGUUUACUCAUUACAUAUUUGGUUUGGGGUGAGAAAUUGAAUAUUCUAUACUGGAUAAGCCAUUUUUAUGUGGAUCAGGUUCAAAUGAGGUACCUUUUAGGGCUUUAGGACUUUUUCUAAGUAGAUGCAUGCAGAAGAGAUGGCAAUUUUGGUCGGCAGUUGAGUUUUGUGUAUAUCAUCUUGCAACUUAUUCACGCCCUAUUAAACACAUUUCUUCAUUAUCCGAUGAACCCUAGCCUCAGUGCCAUUUGAUUCUAGUCCUGCUUGAAUAGGAUGGUCCUACCCAAUUUUUCAUCACCGGAGGAAAGAAUAGGUAGGUUGAUGCUUCUGCUGCUUCUGCUGCUUCUGCUGGAUGAGUAGAUCGAAAAACUUUCCAUCGAUCUAUAUUACUUUAUUGAUGGCCUUUAGCUGGGAUUGUCAGAGCCCCUUCUCGAGACAAGGUCUGUCGUUCGUUUCUGUACUCAGCAACAGUCAUGACUGGACUUGUGCCAUUCACUCUUUGGGUUAGAAAAGGAGCUACAUUAAUAUUAGCUUAAUUUGGAAUGUAUCCUUCUCCUUAACUCUACUGUGCAAGGGCAGCAGCUACAUGUAUUUCAAGCAUAAUAUGUCCCGGAUGGUAUGCUAAACCACUUAAGACAGCAAGUGAGGGUCGAUGAACAUUGAGCUGAAGCCUCUAAUAACUCUUCUUGCACAGGAGCAUUGUAUGGGCUAGUGAACGUGGGAAGACUCAUGCUGUUUGGUGGAGCUAUGGGAAAGAGUGAUAAGGGAGCUUUCUCGGUACAUACUGAAACUGAACAGCUGCUAAAGUGUGUCAAGCAACCUCUUUUCUCAUGGUGUUUGCUGACUUGUUUGGAGAUUAUUGACUUUUGCUACCUCGUUAAUAAUGAAUUGCCUUCAAUCUAUUUCCUGCCCUAGUCAAGGUUCUCUUGUUGGGCCCAACUCGAGAAGUGGAAGGAGCUUUUUCUCUUUAUCUAGAACCUUAUACUCAAAUCCUACAUGUUUGCAAGCCUCUCCAUAUAUUGGUUUCUGUCGACAGAAGGUAUACCCCAGUUUGGUGCAUUAUGCACGGAAGAGUGAAAGGUGUGCUCGAGUUUGUGCAUCUGGGAGAAGCGGGAACUCUACUGGGGGAGACGAGCAGCCAUUUUCAUGGGAAUCUCUGAAGAAAGUUUUUGGAAGUUUUAGGAGAGAAUUAACAGUGCAAGAUAUGUUGAGACAGCAGGAACGGCAAAAACAAUUUUAUGGUGAUGGAGAUGAUGGAAUAUCUGGAAGGGGUGGGGGUGGGGGUGGGGGUGGGGGUGAUGGUUCCAAUGGUCCAGACGAUGAAGGUUUUGCAGGAAAAUUUGAUGAAUUCGUGCAAGUAUUUCUGGCGAUUCUGGGUAUAGUGUUACUGUAUAUCUUCUUGCUCAAUGGCGAGGAUCUUACGCGUCUUAUCAAGGACUUCAUCAAGUAUCUUUUUGGAGGUAAACCGAGUAUCCGCUUGAAACGUAAGAUGGACGAGUUGCACAGGUUUUACAAGAGUUUAGCUUGGAAGGAAGUGAAGUACCGAGAAGAUUGGUUGGAAAGAGAGAUUAUUAGAACACCCACGGUGUGGCACAAGCCUGAGCAACUGGCGCAUCUGGUGGAGACUUAUUUGGAGAACUACAAGCGACAAGAUGAAUAAACAAACUGCUCUGUUUAUGGUCUCUGUGAGUGUCGCAAACUUCCAAUUGUAUCUUCAUGGUUUGUUGUUCGUAGUGCUCCUCAAAGCUAAACAACCAUUGUUACUUGCCUUCUUUUCUGUGAUUAUCAAAUUGUAUUCUCAACAUGAAGUUAAAGAACUAGAAUCUUUUUUUUAUAAAGCGAUAUGUUGAAGGAGAGUCUUGGUGUAACGAUAAAAUUAUUAUUUUGUGACU